UGUUCGAUGAACGACUCGUUCGCUACCAACGUGUAUCUAUAAUAUCUUUUCACUUUUAAAAGUUUGUAAUCGAAUUUAAACUUUUCACUUAUUCACAUUUUUCGGCGUUCGUACUAGUUACUCGCGUGUUCCAAACUCUUGGAAUUUAUACAUUUAUUUCUGUUUAAAUAAAUUAAAAAACUAACUCAAAAUGUGUGACGAAGAAGUAGCAGCAUUAGUUGUUGAUAAUGGAUCAGGAAUGUGCAAAGCAGGCUUUGCUGGAGAUGAUGCACCUCGUGCUGUAUUUCCCUCAAUUGUUGGACGACCCCGUCAUCAGGGAGUCAUGGUUGGUAUGGGACAAAAAGACAGCUAUGUAGGCGAUGAAGCGCAAUCUAAAAGAGGUAUCCUUACCUUGAAAUACCCCAUUGAACACGGUAUCGUUACCAACUGGGAUGAUAUGGAAAAAAUUUGGCAUCACACAUUCUACAACGAAUUGCGUGUUGCCCCAGAAGAACAUCCAGUGUUACUUACAGAAGCUCCAUUGAACCCCAAGGCUAACCGUGAAAAGAUGACUCAGAUAAUGUUUGAGACAUUCAACACCCCUGCUAUGUAUGUUGCUAUUCAAGCUGUACUUUCAUUGUAUGCUUCUGGACGUACCACUGGUAUCGUCUUGGAUUCUGGUGAUGGUGUAUCUCACACUGUCCCAAUCUAUGAAGGUUAUGCUUUACCUCAUGCUAUCCUUCGUCUCGAUCUUGCUGGCCGUGAUCUCACAGACUACCUUAUGAAAAUCUUAACCGAACGUGGUUACAGUUUCACCACCACUGCUGAACGAGAAAUUGUUCGUGAUAUUAAGGAGAAAUUGUGCUAUGUUGCUUUGGACUUUGAACAAGAAAUGGCUACUGCUGCUUCUUCCAGUUCAUUGGAGAAAUCCUAUGAAUUGCCUGAUGGUCAAGUCAUCACAAUCGGAAACGAAAGAUUCCGUUGCCCAGAAGCUCUAUUCCAACCUUCCUUCUUGGGAAUGGAGGCAUGCGGUAUCCACGAGACUACGUACAAUUCAAUCAUGAAGUGCGAUGUAGAUAUCCGUAAGGACUUGUACGCCAACACUGUAUUGUCUGGAGGUACCACCAUGUACCCUGGUAUUGCCGACAGAAUGCAGAAAGAAAUUACUGCUUUGGCUCCUUCGACAAUGAAAAUCAAGAUAAUUGCUCCACCUGAGCGAAAAUACUCAGUAUGGAUUGGUGGAUCUAUCUUGGCUUCUCUGUCGACCUUCCAGCAGAUGUGGAUCUCCAAACAGGAGUAUGAUGAAUCAGGCCCAUCCAUUGUGCACAGAAAGUGCUUCUAAAUACUUUAUAUUUAUUUUCCUAAAAAACUGUAUUUUUUAUUUGAAUUUUCCUGUAUUUUUUAUUUAAAUAAGAAUCAAAAUUAUAAAAAAAAUCCAAUGCAUUAGGCCUACAUUCCAGUAAGUUAUUUACAGCUCAAAGCAUUCCUUGAUCAUAGCACGUCUGCUUUUGAUUUAUAAUUUUUUAUACUGACUGAAUGAAAAGAGAAUAUAAUUAAAUGUAUUUAUUUGAUAAUUA